CGCGAUGAAAAUGCGUCACGAGAGAGACGAAAAGCGGCGCUUUCACUGUAUAUGAAAGAAAUCCGAGCUGGCGAUGCCUGGAUUUGAUUUUCCAGAUAUUUUGAUUGCUUAAUCUGUGAAUGGCGCCUAAACAGGACCCUAAACCUAAAUUUCAAGAAGGUGAACGAGUGCUGUGUUUUCAUGGGCCAUUGCUAUACGAAGCUAAGUGUGUUAAAAUCAAUAUCAAGGACAAGCAAGUGAAAUACUUCAUUCAUUACAGUGGGUGGAAUAAGAACUGGGACGAAUGGGUUCCUGAAAGCCGUGUGCUUAAAUAUGUGGACAGCAACCUGCAGAAACAGAAAGAGCUCCAGAAGGCAAAUCAAGACCAUUAUGUUGAGGGAAGGAUGAGGGGAGUGGCACCAAGCAAAAAGAUCGCUGCUGUGCAGCAGAAAAACGUUGAUGUGAAAACCAAAAAGAACAAACAGAAGACACCAGGGGCUGGCGAGGGCACCAGCAGCGGGGAGAUGCCCCACCCGCCACGCAAGAAGAGGGCCCGCGUGGACCCCACCGUGGAGAGCGAGGAAACCUUUAUAAACCGCGUGGAGGUGAAGGUGAAGAUUCCUGAAGAGCUGAAGCCAUGGCUGGUAGAUGACUGGGAUCUCAUCACACGCCAGAAGCAGCUGUUCCACCUGCCGGCCAAGAAGAAUGUUGAUGCCGUCUUGGAAGACUAUGCAAACUACAAGAAGUCAAGAGGAAACUCUGAUAACAGAGAAUAUGCAGUGAACGAGGUGGUGGCCGGCAUCCGGGAGUAUUUUAACGUCAUGCUGGGUACGCAGCUCCUCUACAAGUUCGAGAGGCCGCAGUACGCGGACAUCCUGACCAACCAGCCGGACACACCCAUGUCCCAGAUCUACGGAGCCCCUCACCUGCUCCGGCUUUUCGUGAGGAUCGGUGCCAUGUUGGCCUACACUCCUCUGGAUGAGAAGAGUUUGGCUCUGCUGCUAAGCUACCUGCAGGACUUCCUCAAGUACCUGGUAAAGAAUUCAUCCGCACUCUUCAGUGCCAGCGAUUACGAGGUGGCUCCACCAGAGUACCACCGGAAGGCAGUCUGACCCGGCACAGGUCACGCGGCACGGCACAGCACACACCAGGCAUCGCAUUCCUCAUCAUCUCAAUUUCUACUCUUUGAAAAGAAAGGACAAAGACCCAACCGUUAUUUUUUUUGUUUCCAUUUCUUUAAAAGAAGAUACAACAAUUUAAACAUCUGACUCAGCAGAAAUGUCCUGGAGUGUGUGCGUUUCCCCCCAGCCCCUCCUUUUUAUCCUUUCCAUGUUUCAAAAACAAAGGUGGCAUUGCAGAACAAAAACAUUUGAUCAGGACCCAUCAAAAUCGUGUUUUAAUCUGACAUGCCACAGAGUGCUGUCUUGUCUUUGGUUCAGUGUUCUUUUAUAAUAAAGUCUUCUUUUCUUUUC